GUGUGUCUACGUGCGUUGCCACAGCCUCACACCACCAUCAUCCCUCACAACCAGCAACCUCCUCAUAACACAAAACUGAUGACGUGAAGUUGAUGAGAAGAAUUCACUCGAUCGAAGACCAGGCAGAACUACAAAGGGAUCUGGACAGGCUGCAGACCUGGUCCAGCAACUGGCUCCUGGAGUUCAAUCCCACCAAGUUCAAAAUCAUGAAGAUUGGGGAAGGACAAAGAAGACCGCAGACGGAGUACAGUCUAGGGGGCCAGAGACUACAAACCUCACUCAAGGAAAAAGAUCUUGGGGAAGACGGCAGCUGAGGUGUAUGUCUCUCUCGUAAUGGCUGACGUGUCCGGAUGUCCCUUGACUGGCAUAUCUGCAUGUCCAGUCAUGGCCAGUGUUAUGCUUCAGCCGCCCGCAGGACCUAACGAGGGACACCUGCUUCCUCACUUGUCUACCUCACCUGUCGGAGAUUCGCACCUGCCUGCCUCAUCUGUUGGAGACUCAGGCUUACUCACCUCACCAAUCUCAUCCUCAGCCUCGGUGACCUUAAAGGGCAGCGUUACCCCAUCGCCUCGUAUGAAGAAGCUGUUGGAAGGUGCCAAUCACCCCGGAGACUCCCACAAUCCUCCACAACCCCCACAAUGGCUUGACCGUGAGCUCUUUGACCGAGGACGUGAGUUUUAUAAGCGUUAUCUUUACUGUUUGGGCACCUCGGACUUACUGUCCCUAGUGAUGACGCUCAGUGCGGAGCGGGCACUGAAACCUCUCAUCUACACAGGACGCUCAGACACUCCUAUGAAGGCUCUUAGACGCUAUUUUUCCACGCUUCUGCACCUCAUCACAUGGUUCACUGGAGACGUCUGGGACCCCAAUAAUUCCGCUCACAAAGACAUAUUGUUCGUGCGGUCAAUACACUGCAAGUUAAGCCGAACCUUCAACUCCUCCACAUAUAAAGAGAAAGUGACGGCAAUUAACGUUACCAAGAAAGGACACAAGGAACCUGCUAAAUCUCUCAAUUCUGCCAUUCGUCAAGAUUUACAACGAGUGGCAGAAGAGACGUUGCCCUUGGAGACUGCAGACACUCCGGUUAUUUACAUAAAUCAGCUGGACAUGAGUCUGACACAGUACGCAUUCAUGGGGCUGAUAGUAGCGCACCCGGAGAAGCUGGGAGCCGGAGCCGCUACCGAAGAAGAGAUAGCUGGCUUGAUCCACUUCUGGAGAGGAAUUGGCUGGCUUAUGGGUGUUGAGGACCAGUACAACUUCUGCAGUGGCUCCUUGGUUGAGACGAAAGAGUUAUGUCUCGAGGUGGAGCGUCUUAUUUUUAUACCUCUCUUGGCCAAGGUCGACUGGAACUACGAGCACAUGGCCACGUCUCUCAUGACGGGUAUAAACUACAUCGUGCCUUUCAUUUCCUACCCCGCCAUGUUCCGAUACUUGGCUUAUAUCCUAGACAUCCCCGUGUCAACUUUCGUCAGCAAGACGUCCUACCUGCACUCCUUCCACUACUGGCUAAUGCGCCUCACCUUCUCCCUCAUCCUCCUGGUGCCCUGCCUGCUGGUGCUUCUUAACUCUCUCUUCCUUUCACUCAUUGAUGUAGCUCAGAGGAAGAGAUUCAAGCUGACCAUGUCUGGAAGCCCAAAGCUUCAUGAAGCUUCACCUGAGCACUGAUGAGGAGCCUCCUGACCUAUCCCAUUUACAAUGUAUAAGAAUAUAAUGGAGAAGCACUACCUGUUGGCCCAUGCUGGGCAGGUCAUUCCUAUACCCAUCAUUUUUCAUUAACACUUUAAGUAGUUUAAAGUGUCAGAAUUAAUGACUUGGCAGACUGUUCCAGUCAUUUAUAACUCCAUCACUAAUUCAAUAUCAACUGUCAUAACUUAGUGAUAAGAGCAGCGCCUCUCAUCACCCAGGUUCGGGAAUCAGGUCUCCGUCUGGAAAACAAUAUUCCUGAAUAAGUAUUUCCAAUUACCUUUCUAAAUCAGAUGGUAUCCAACUUGAAACCCUUUCUCGAUAUCUUUUCUAGUUAACCCUCAGCACCCUAUUUAUAUCUCAUCUAUUCAUAUCCAUCUUUUACUUUUCUACCUUAAUCAGUUCAGAUUAUUAUUACAAUCAAGACUAAGCACUAAAUCCGCAAGGUUCAUACAGUAACCAGUUCAGAACCACGGGGCCAACCUCUUCCUGAGGACCUGUGGGAGGCAUAUUACCCCACUGGUCUGAGUAUCGGGUGACAUUACAGAAUUGUAGGAGAUAGAUAUUUUUCACCCCAUACCGCCUCCUGACAGGGCAGGUGGUUCCUUAGCUAGGCUAGCCGCAAGAAUAGCAUGUCCGUCUCAUGAUUAGCGGACGUAGUAUCGAGUCUCCAUCACUUCUUGUACUAAAUGCCCCACACGGAUUUAGCGCACCACAUGCAGUAUAAGCAACAAUAAUAAUCUCCCCUCCAGUGAAUUUACGUUGUCAUCCUUCUCUGUAUAUUCGCUAAUGCAUUUAAAUCCAUCCUGUAUCAUUAGAGCAAAGAUAUACAAUACCGACAGUUUGAUAAAUAAUACACGUAUGUAACACCUGGGUAUCUUUAAUGAUGAAUAAGUCAAAUGUACAACACCUGGGUAUCUCUAUUAGAGACAUUUCGUAGCAGACUUUUGUUCAGAGACAUUUAUACUGGAACCAGUUGUGAGGUGCAACAGUAGAAGACAUCAUCAAAGGUGGGCGGAACCAACUACGUAAAGUAAGUCAUAUCUAUAAGGUGGGCCAGAUGAUAGCAAUAGAGUUGAAGAAAAAAUCUUCUCCACCAAACUCCAUGGUGAAUCUAAUACAAAGGCUUGAGGACGGAGAUUUUUGUACUAGAGCCAGUGGAAGAAGAGGUGAAGCUCAACAACUGGAAAUAUAUCUUCUCUCUUAGUUGUUUCUGUGUUAGGGUUGAAGGCCUGGAGUUUACCUGCAGAGGGUUUCGGGGGUGAACGUCCCCGGGGCCCGGUCUGAGACCAGGUCUCAUGGUGGAUCAGAAGACGCUGCUAGUGGCAGAACGUUUCCCUUAAUAUGUCCUCAAAUGUACAUAACUGUCUAUUUCCAGACAGUUGAAAAUACUGUCACAGGUGGGAAGGACCCACUAGUGGAAGUCAUGCACACAAGGUGGGCUAAAUGUUAACAAUAGAGGUGCGGAAAAUAUCCUUUGUACGAAGACUCGACGGUGUUUCUGGGUCUGAUAAGCAUCUGCUGAAGAAAAACCUGCUGUAUGGGCGAAACGUUUCCCCAUUAAAGAUACACAGGUGUUGCAUUCUAAAUGGAGGUCAGAACCGCUGUUCGUAAUCUAAAUGAAUCUUAUUAAUGAUGCGCAUAACUGAUGAAUGAGACACUAGACUCUAGAGGAAUAGUGUAACAUCACAUAAGUUCUGGGGGAUGUAACAUCAUUAUUUUGUAACCUCCAGGACUGAAUGGUACGACGCAGGACUUCAAUUUGAAUCCCAUCCACUCACUGACAGU